AUGAAAGACCAUGAAUAUCAACAGGCUCAUCGCCAGUACAACAAUCCCAGUAAUAAAAGUCGUCAAAACAGCGAAAUUGAAAAGAAUGACCGUAUUUCGUUCAAAUACUUUCUGGAGUGGCUGGUAACGCUCGACACGGCUACUCCCGGCUCCAAAAACUAUCGGGCAUUGCCAAAAGUCACCAAUUAUGUGUUUUUUUUUGGCGGACGAUUGCGUACCGUUUCCGACCUGUCAGCUCGAUUUAUCGUGGCAUUGGUGGUUCAAAUUGUGCCGGUGGUCUUAUUUUCUGUCUUUGAGGCUGCACCAGUGUGGAGAUUUGGUAAGGGACACGGAACGUUGGUGGUGCUUUUUUACUACUCGUGGGCCCUGUGUAUGGCCUCUUUCAUCAAAAGCGCGACUGGUGAUCCCGGUGUGCUGCCCAGAAACCUACAUGUGCCUACCCUGAGCAAUGACUUUGAGCUCCCGCAGGAAUAUUACAAUAUCAUCACUCUUCCCAGCGCACAUCCUGAGGGCCGCACUUUGGACGUGAAAUACUGUACCACCUGUCGGAUCUGGCGCCCGCCACGCGCCUCACACUGUCCCAAUUGCGAUGCCUGCAUUAUGACGCACGACCACCAUUGUAUUUGGACCAACAAUUGCAUUGGACAGCGCAACUACCGCUUUUUCCUGACGUUUUUGGCCGCGAGUGUGGUCUGUGCCAUAUUAUGCAUUAUAGUGUGUGCCAUUCACGUAUCCAGAGUUCAACACAUCAGUUCUGCGGCUGCAGCCACUUUCUUAAUCGUGUAUUCAACCCUGGCACUAAGUUACCCACUGCUUUUACUGCUGUUCCACGUCAUUGCCACAACUUCACAGCAGACUACUCGCGAAUAUCUCAAAAACCUACCAUCCAAAAAAGCCAUUUUCCACACUCUCACCUCUCCGGAUACCAACCCUUUUGAUCAUGCUAGUCCCAUAAAGAAUAUGAUAUCUUUGGCUUGUCAACCUCGAGGUCUCAGCGUCAUGUCUGUUCGUGAAAAACAUCAAACUGGUGAUUGGCGAUUUUUGAGUCUUCCUGAACCGCACAAUUUUGAGAAGAACCUACCAUAG